UUGAAAAAGAUAUACUCUGUCCAUUGACUUACAAGUCUGUGUUAUUCUGCAUUGAGGUUACUUGUGAGGCUUCACUUUUUUACUUUGUGCUUGUGACUUUUGUGAUAUCAUUGUGAAAUAGUUAUCGGGUAUGCUUAGGUCACGCUACAGCGUGCGUAGCUUCCAAUUAUUAAGCAAGAAUAAUUAAUAACACUCACCUGCGUGUUGUCAAGUGGUCGCAAGAUAAUUUUCUAUUAUCUAAUAUGCCUGAUAUAAAGAUUACACCACUAGGCGCAGGCCAGGAUGUUGGCAGAAGCUGCAUACUGCUGUCCAUGGGUGGCAAGAACAUAAUGCUUGACUGUGGGAUGCAUAUGGGAUACAAUGACGAGAGACGCUUUCCAGACUUCUCUUAUAUCGUACCCGAAGGUCCGAUCACAAGCCAGAUAGAUUGUGUCAUUAUAUCACACUUCCAUCUUGAUCAUUGUGGAGCUCUUCCUUACAUGUCUGAGAUGGUGGGCUACAGUGGACCUAUUUACAUGACACAUCCAACAAAAGCCAUAGCUCCUAUACUGCUAGAAGACAUGCGAAAGGUGGCUGUAGAAAGAAAAGGAGAAUCAAACUUUUUCACUUCACAAAUGAUAAAAGAUUGCAUAAAGAAAGUUACAGCGGUCACUUUACACCAAUCUGUUAUGGUCGACAAUGAACUUGAGAUCAAAGCCUAUUACGCUGGCCAUGUACUAGGAGCAGCUAUGUUUUGGAUCAGAGUGGGUUCACAAUCUGUGGUAUAUACUGGAGACUACAACAUGACUCCUGAUCGACAUUUAGGAGCUGCCUGGAUUGAUAAAUGCAGACCAGAUUUGCUCAUAUCCGAGUCAACAUAUGCAACUACUAUCAGAGAUUCAAAACGUUGUCGUGAGAGAGACUUCCUCAAAAAAGUCCACGAGUGUGUUGAGAAAGGUGGCAAAGUCCUCAUACCUGUCUUUGCUUUAGGAAGGGCCCAGGAGCUCUGCAUUUUAUUGGAAACAUACUGGGAGAGAAUGAAUUUGAAAUACCCAGUGUAUUUUGCACUCGGUUUGACAGAGAAAGCAAACAACUACUACAAAAUGUUUAUAACCUGGACUAAUCAGAAGAUCCGUAAAACUUUUGUACAUAGAAACAUGUUUGAUUUCAAGCAUAUAAAGCCUUUUGACAAGUCUUACAUUGAUAACCCUGGGGCAAUGGUUGUGUUUGCUACACCAGGAAUGUUGCAUGCCGGUUUGUCGCUGAACAUUUUCAAGAAGUGGGCACCUUAUGAACAAAAUAUGGUAAUUAUGCCAGGAUUCUGUGUCCAAGGCACUGUUGGUCAUAAAAUCUUGAAUGGGGCAAAAAAAGUUGAAUUUGAAAACCGUCAAAUUGUUGAAGUUAAAAUGGCGGUGGAAUACAUGUCCUUUUCCGCUCAUGCUGAUGCCAAAGGCAUAAUGCAACUGAUUCAGUACUGUGAGCCUAAAAAUGUGCUACUAGUGCAUGGUGAAGCACAGAAGAUGGAGUUCUUGAAAGACAAAAUUGAAAAGGAGUUUAAGAUCAAUUGUUACAUGCCUGCAAAUGGUGAGACCUGCACAAUCAAUACCCCAACUAAGAUUCCUAUUGAUAUUUCCUUACGAUUGCUCAAAGCAGAGGCUGUGAGGUAUAAUGCUUUACCCCCUGACCCAAAAAGGCGUCGGGUAUUGCAUGGGAUUCUUUGCGUUAAGGAGAACAGACUGUCUUUACUGGACAUAGAUGAGAUGUGUGAUGAGAUUGGGAUCAACAGACAUGUUAUUAGGUUUACAAAUACUGUCCACUUUAAAGAUGCAGGUCCGGCUGUGAAGACUGCUGAGAAACUGAAGACCUUGUUAAUAGAAAAGCUGCCUGGUUGGACAAUAACCAUGUCCGAUGGCAAUAUUUCAGUGGAAUCUGUGCUCAUCAAAGUUGAAGGAGACGAUGAUAGUACAAAGAACAUUUACGUGUCUUGGACCAAUCAGGAUGAGGAUCUAGGCAGCUACAUUUUGGGAUUACUUCAGUCUAUGGUACAGUAGCUAUAAGUAUAAAGA